UAUUGAACGUCAAAAAUAGCGCAAUUUCGAGACAGAGAAAACAUACAAUUUCUACCAGCUGAAUUACUCGCAAAAUGGACGGAUCGACUGUACAGUCGUGGAUAAACCAUCCUGGGGUGAUAGAUUUAAGAUCUCCUUUGGAAGUGCCUUACAGAAUGGAACAAUAUGCUGCACUUAUGUGGGGAAUUAAUGAAGAAGAUAUGUCACUGAGUGGUGACAGACUGACAAUGCUGGAUGGAGGUAGACGCGCGUUCCCUCAGGUGACAUUUAUUGGACCAGCAGGAGAAACAAGGUUUGAUGCCGAAGCUUUUUGGGAUGAACGUGGAGGAGCUCAAGUCGCACCACCACUUCUUCAUGCGCCGCAACCUGCUAUCAGUAUUCCAGCUGUACAACAACAGGCGAGGUUAAUCGAAGAAUAAAACUGGCGGGAAAAAUUCCUUCCGGUUAUCGAUGUAGAAGAGGAGAACGCACAGUUUUCUCCCCUGUUUUCGAUGGCGUUUGGUGGCAGCGAGAAUGAAGUGAAGGAGUUCGCUGAAGUGUCUGGAGAUGAUGAUGACAGCAACGAUGAAUUUCUGCCCGAGGAAUAUUUCCUCAAUGAUUUAGAUGAAUAAUUUGCUUUGCUUUUUAAAACUUCAGUGUAAAACAUUUUACAUUUUAAUGAACUUCUAACACUGAAUCAGCCUUCUGAUGUUCUUUUUGUAUAUUUCACUUGACUUAUAUUCCCGUGUUUGUCGUCUCAUCCUAAUACAA